CACGGCAGACGUUUUUACUGCACGAGUCCACGCGUGUUUCUCCACAGACUUCAAUAUUGUCUUUGAAGCGAUUUGUGACUGUUUAUUUAGCCAAGAGACAGUUCGUUAUUUUGCAAAUCGAAGGUUAGCCAUUGUUGUGCCAUCGGUGUCAGUGCUAAAGUUCAGACUUUUUGGAUUCGCGAGCGCACAGUGACAGUGUAAAUACGGUUGACAUUUGUGGCUGAUCGAAGGACGCGUGCUUUUAGGUUAUAAAAGUUAGAAAUUGCACAAGUCUCUCGCUCGCUUUGCUGAUCCGACAAAUCUUAUCUCUCGUGCGAAUCAUUGACUGGCUGCUGGCCUGUUGACUGGACUUGGCACGUUGAAAUGGCAUCCUGGGACGGAUCCUACGAUCCAGACAACGUAGAUUAUUAUGUUGAACCUAGCAUCAAUGUUCCUCCGGACCAAUGGAACGGAUUUCUUGGCAAUCGAUUUGCACAGAACGCUGUCCCUUACCCUAUGAAUUAUUAUGGCUAUGAACAGAAUGCACAAUAUUAUAAUCUAGUGGAUGACAAUGAUUUUUCACGAUCAAUAGCAAACAUGCCUAUUAACAAUGGUAUUUACACCAAUAAUGGAUUUCCUCCUAUUGAUGAUGUUCACGCAAUGCCCACUGAACCAACUAUGUCAACAAUCGGUUAUUUUCAUGGACUUGGCCCUCCACCACCAGAAGUUCAGCCACAAACUUACAGUCAAAAUAAUGUAUAUUUUCAAAAUAAUAAGCAUGAAGAUAAAAACAAUAAGACUGAAUCCUUAAACUUUGGAAAUAGUGAUUCUCAAGCUUCAGAAGUUCAGUCACAAAAUCAUAGCCAAAAUAAAACAUUUUUUCAGAAUAGUAAGCACAAAAACAACAAGAAUCAAAAGACUGAAACAAAAAAAGAUUCAAAUGUUGGAACAAAUACUGAUGAGCUUCCAAUUAAUCAAAAACAUGAUCAUACAAAUUCCAAUAAUUAUGGAAGAAAUAAGAGUGAUUAUCAAAACAAAAAUAUUGGUAAAUCAAAUGUUUUUUUUGAAAAUAACAUGCCAAAAUAUAAUGAAAGAAGAUUUGAAUACAGGGAUAACAGAAGAAAGCAGAAUACCGAUCAUUUCAAAGAUAACAAUAAGAAAGAAAAUGAAAAACCUGUUUAUAGCAAACGAGAAAAGUCAAAAAAGUAUUCUCGUAACAAUAAACUGUUUACGAAUGAUGUAGAAAAUUCAGCUUGUGCAAUUGAGGAAGACAAAAAACAUUCAAGUACAAACAUGAAUGAUCUUGAAACUAAUAUGUCUUUUUCCAAACCAGAACAAGUAUUACUUGGCCUUGACAAAACAGAGAGAGUUUUCGAAAAUUCGAGUAAUGAUAAAGAACAGAAAUAUAACAAAAGGAGGGAUACAAGGGAUCCCAGAGAUCCAAGAGAUUCUAGAGAUCCUAGAGAUCCAAGAGAUUCUAGAAAUUCUAAAGAUCCAAGAGAUUCUAGAAAUCCUAGAGAUCCAAGAGAUUCUAGAAAUCCUAGAGAUCCAAGAGAUUUUAGAGAUUCUAGAAAUUCUAGAGAUCCAAGACAUUUCAAAGAUUCUAGAGAUUCAUGGAAUCACAGAGACACUAGGGAUCCAAAGGAUUAUAAGGAUACUAGAGACCCAAGGGAGUAUAGAGAUACUAGAGAUCCAAGGGAUUAUAGAGACCCUUUAGAUUCAAAAGAUCCUAGGGAAUCCAGAGAUGUUAGGGAUUCAACAGAUCCCAGGGAAUCAAGAGAAGGAGCUUACCGCUUUGGAAGAAACAAGAGAUUUGAAAGACGGGAAAAUAACAAUAAAAGUUCCACUGAUUGGAGACAAAAACCUAGCAUGAAUAAUAAAGUAUCUCUUCUGCAACAGAAAGCUAAGGAAAUUGAUUAUGAUGUGAGCCAAAGAGAAAGAUUGACAGAGCAACUUAACCGAGGAAAUUUAGAGUGUUUGGUUUGUUGUGAUUCAAUUAGACAAACUGAUUAUGUUUGGUCAUGUUAUAACUGCUAUCAUGUGCUUCAUUUAAAAUGUGUUCAAAAAUGGGCUAAGUCAUCUCAAGAUGAUAGUGGAUGGCGAUGCCCUGCCUGCCAAAAUGUUACUACAUCUGUUCCUUCUGAAUAUAGAUGUUUUUGUGGCAAAGAAAAGAACCCAGAUUGGAAUCGUCGAGAUGUAGCACAUUCUUGUGGUGAAAUGUGCAGUCGUUCAAAUGGUUGUGUUCAUAAGUGCACACUUUUAUGCCAUCCAGGAUCUUGUCCACCUUGCACAGUCAGAGUCUCAAAAUUAUGUGGUUGCGAACGCACAACUCAGACACAAAUUUGUAGUACAGCAUUGCUUGUACAAUGUAGUGAAACAUGCGAUAAAGUUCUUAAUUGCAUGGUGCACAAAUGUGAAAAACAAUGUCACCAUGGAAGUUGUGAUGAAUGUAAAAAACAUAUUGACCAAGAGUGCUUCUGUGGAAAAAAUAACCGUACCCAAGUAUGCAUUCCAAAUCUUUCUUCAAAUUAUUCAUGCGGGGACAUUUGCAGUAAACUUUUGGAUUGUGGCAAUCACAAAUGCAGUAACAUUUGUCAUUCGGGAAGUUGUGAACCUUGCAAAUUAAAACCUGAAUCAGUGACUCAUUGCUGCUGUGGACAAACUCCUAUAAGCACUGAAAGAAAAAGUUGUCUAGAUCCGGUCCCCACAUGUGAUAAAGUUUGCUGCCGAAUUUUCAAAUGUGGCACACCUUCAAAUCCACAUUUCUGUCCUGAAAACUGCCAUACAGGCGAUUGUCCUAAAUGUAAAUUAAGUACAACAUGCAAAUGUCGCUGUGGCUUUAUGGAUAAAGAUAUUCCCUGUGAAGAACUCAGUGCUAGAUCUGGGGAUGUUCGUUGCAACAAAAAGUGUACCAAAAAGCGCUCAUGUGGAAAACACAAAUGUAAUCAGAUGUGUUGUAUCGAUAUCGAUCACAUAUGUCCUUUACCUUGCUCUAAAACGUUAAGUUGUGGAAAACAUAAAUGUGAACAAACUUGUCACAAAGGGUUUUGUCAGCCAUGCUGGAGAUCGAGUUUCACCGAGCUGUACUGCGAGUGUGGCAAGGCUGUAAUAUUCCCGCCGGUACCUUGUGGAACUCGUCGGCCUGCUUGCAAAGAGCCAUGUUCCAGGACGCACGAUUGCGAUCACCAAGUUCUGCACCCGUGCAAUAGCGAUUCGGUAUGUCCUCCGUGCUCGGUUCUCACCCAGAAGUGGUGUCAUGGCAAACACGAAUUGCGCAAGGCGGUACCCUGCCACGUCAAGGAAUUAUCUUGUGGUCUACCUUGUGGAAAGCCCAUUCCUUGCAAUCGACAUAAAUGCAUACAAAAAUGUCAUUCAGGUCCUUGUGCUACAGAAUGCACACAACCUUGUCAGGAGAUAAGAAAAAUGUGCGGGCACAUUUGCGCAGCUCCUUGCCACGAAGGUGAUUGUCCUGAUACACCGUGCAAAGUGAUGGUUAAGGUCACUUGCCAAUGUGGUCACCGUACGAUGACUCGACAAUGCGCUGAAAAUUCUCGUGAUUAUCAACGAAUUGCCAGCGGUAUGCUAGCUAGUAAAAUGGCUGAUGUUCAAUUGGGUCACUCAAUAGAUCUAGAAGAAGUUUUUGGUCAGGGGUCAAAAAAACAAAAUCAAUUGAAAACUCUCGAAUGUAAUGACGAAUGCAAAGUUAUCGAGCGUAAUAGACGCUUGACACUAGGCUUACAAAUUGUUAAUCCGGACUUGAGUGGCAAACUUAUGCCAAAAUACAGCGACUACAUGAAACAAUGGGCCAAAAAAGAUGCAGCUUUUUGUAAUAUGGUUCACGAUAAGCUUACCGAGCUCGUCCAGCUGGCUAAAUCUUCGAAACAAAAAUCGCGCAGCUACUCAUUCGAAGUUAUGAAUCGCGAUAAAAGACAGUUUGUUCACGAAAUGUGUGACCAUUUUGGAUGUGAAAGUCAGGCUUAUGACCAAGAACCCAAAAGAAACGUAGUUGCUACAGCCGUUAAAGAGAAGUGUUGGUUACCCAGUUACAGCCUGGUAGAAUUAGUGAGAAGAGAAAACGGACAACGAAAAGUACCAGGACCUAUGUUGAAUAAGUUAUUGGCUUCAGAAAGGAGUAUGGGCUCUUUACAGCUGAAUACUAAAAGUCUCAGAACCUCUGCACCCACAACUCCAAUUUCGCCGUCGAGGUCUCCAGAACCCGAAAUAGAUUAUUUUAAUUACAAGGGUUGAUUGAUAAUUUCUCCACCUACUUCAAUUUUGUUGUACAUUUUGAUUGAAAUUUUUAGAUUUCUGCCAUGAAAAAUUAUAAGUAGCUUGUAAUUAAAUGGUUGUUUGUUUUUAUUAUAUUUGGGUAUUUAAAGAUUAAAUUAUGAUUAUGGAUCUUGUAAAAAUUCAGCUAUUAGCGACAAUUGUUUCAAUUAUGUUUGAAAGUUGGUCAACGAUCGGCUUCAUAUAAUUGCUCAAAAUAUUUAUAUUACCGUUCAUGCAUCUAAUUUUAACAAAAUUUUAGUUUUUCGAUUGUUUUACAAA